UUGGUCUGCAGGUGGACAUAUCACGUUAGUGGCUCAUUCCAAAGCAGUGGGGACCUGUCUAGAGGCUGCCAAGGAGUUGACUGCCAGCGGAAUCGAGUGCGAGGUGAUAAAUCUGCGCACCUUGAGGCCAUUGGACGAAGAGUGCAUCCUGCAAUCGGUGAUGAAGACUCACCACCUGGUGACUGUGGAACAGGGCUGGCCACAGUGCGGGAUCGGCGCAGAGAUAUGCGCCAGGGUCAUUGAAAGUCCAGCGUUCGACUACUUAGAUGCACCGGUGGUACGAGUGACCGGUGCAGAUGUACCGAUGCCCUAUACCAAGAGCCUGGAACCCCUGACCAUACCGCAAGCUCAAGACAUAGUCCUUACCGUCAAGAAAGUGCUCCACGUGCAAUAAUCCAGAUUCCUCUAUUUCGGACUCUGCGCCAUAUCCAUCGUAGUGGAUCCUGCAAGUAAGCCAACGAAUGCCCCCGAAUCUAUUUUUUAAUAGGAACGUAGAAUCCGAAGCAUUGUACAUACAUCGCAACUAUUAUUUGUAAUGAUAGGUUUUCUACGAUGCGGCCCAUAUUUCCUCCUCGAUUUGUUAAGUUUGAACAUGUUUUAUUUCUUUGUUUUGAUAACCAUUCAAAUCAGAAGUAAUAAAAAUAUUUUAUAAUUA